UGAUCCAUUGUAACAUUGAAUUUGCCCUUCGUUGACGACUUUGGUUAACUUGGGCUGUUCUACAUCUUGUUGGUGGUGAAUAUUUCCUCAAUUCUAGUUAUUGUUUGUGAAAAUGUUUAGAUUAACUGCAGCAGCGCUUAAUAAUGCUGCAAAAGGAGUUCUCAGGCAGUCACUACAAAGAUCGGAGAUCGCCGCUUCAAGCAGAAUGAUGGCUCAUCACGCUGAAACGGAUGAGGAAUUCGAUGCCAGGUAUGAAGCCUAUUUCAACAGACCAGAUAUUGAUGGAUGGGAAAUUCGUAAAGCUAUGAAUGACUUGUGUGGAAUGGAUCUGGUACCAGAGCCCAAAAUCAUCAUCGCAGCAAUGAAGGCAUGCAGAAGAGUCAACGACUAUGCACUAGCAGUUAGGUUCUUGGAGGCCGUAGACUACAAGACUGGUGGGAGGAAAGAUAUCUAUCAGUAUGUCCUGGGUGAGAUAAAGCCUACAUUAGAUGAACUUGGAAUUGAUACACCAGACAAAUUGGGUUAUGACAAACCCGAACUUGCUCUCCAGAGUGUUUUUGAUAUGCACUAAAUUCAAGAACAUAGGUUAACAUAAACUUCACCUUAGAGGAAAAAUAUACAACAUUUCAAUGUAAUUUACUAGCCAAAAUAAAAAAAAUCACUUGUGUUAUUAAGA